GCAACAUUUUUCUAUUUGAUUUUUGAAGUUUUAAAAACAUGUUUUUGCCGCUAUCAUAUUAUUUUAAUUUUAGUGUUUUUUGAGGUAUUAUAAAAGUUAAACUUCGUUGUUUAAUUGAAACUAUGGUCGAUGCGAACGAUUUAAGCAACGUUGAAAUUAGUUCUAUCAGACCUAUCAACAAUGAUUCAGUGCACAGAAUUUGCUCUGGUCAAGUAGUUCUCAGUUUAGCAGUAGCAGUCAAGGAACUUGUGGAAAACUCUCUUGAUGCCGGUGCCACUAAUAUUGAUAUAAGGUUCAAAAAUUAUGGCCUUGACUUGAUAGAGGUAUCUGACAAUGGAUCAGGAGUAACAGAAGACAAUUUUGCUGGUUUAACAUUAAAGUAUCACACAUCAAAGUUAAAUGACUAUGAAGAUUUGCUUGGAGUAUCUAGCUUUGGCUUCCGAGGGGAAGCUUUAAGCUCCCUGUGCUCUAUGGCUAACCUUACAAUUACCACCAGGCAUCAUAGCAGUCAGUUUGCAACAAAAAUUGAAUACGACCACAAAGGCAAUAUCACAAGUAAAAAACCAUGUUCAAGACAAGUUGGAACAACUGUAGCACUGACUAAUCUGUUUUGCUCCCUUCCAGUAAGACAAAAGGAGUUUCAUAAAAAUGCUAAGAGGGAGUUCAAUAAAAUGACCAAUUUAUUAUAUGCAUAUUGCUUAAUAUCUACUGGUGUAAAAAUAACAUGUAGCAAUCAAACAAGUUCCAAUUCUAAAUCUGUAGUAGUUGCAACACAAGGUUCAUCUUCAUACAAAGAUAAUAUUGCUUGUAUUUUUGGUAUUAAACAGUUACAAAGUAUCCUUGAAAUUAAAACAGAAACUGCAUCAAAUAUUAAGGACAAUAUACUUAGUGGUCUAUCAGGAGAAGUAAAGGCGAAUGAUGAAUCAGUGAAAAUAGAAGAUGUCGAAAUUGAUUUAUCUGAAGACUCCAAUGAUGCAGAUAAUAAUAUUAAUAACUCACAAGAAUCUAUAACGAGUUCACAAAAAUCACAAGGCUACAAAAACGUGCCGGAGCCUGUUAAGCUUACAGGAUUUAUUUCUUCAUGUGCUCAUGGCAGUGGUAGAUCCAGCACUGACAGACAAUUCUUUUAUGUCAAUUCUAGGCCCUGUGAACCAACUAAAGUCAUAAAAUUGAUUAACGAAGUCUAUAGGCAAUAUAAUCCUAAUCAAUAUCCAUUUGUGUUUUUGAAUGUCAAUGUAGACAGAAUUUCUGUAGAUGUAAAUGUUACUCCUGAUAAGCGAAAGUUAUUUCUAACUAAAGAAAAAGCUGUAUUGGAUGCACUUAAACAUUCCUUGUUCAAAAUGUUUGAAAGUAUACCAAGAACAUUAAGAGUUGAACCAUCUGUUAGUACUACACAAACUACUAGUCAAAAAGUUGAACCUGAGCUGAGUCAACCCAGGAUUUUUCAGUCAUUUAUAAGACAAUUCAGUAACAAAUCAGACACAUUUGUAAAUAAUCAGACUGAAAAUUCUGAUAAAUCAGAAUUAAAGCGCAAAUCUACAGCAAAUUUAGAUAGCUUUAUAGCUAAUAAAAAAAGUUAUACAUCUAAAAUUGAUGAAGUUCUUUCAGGACCUGAGAUUAAGGCCGAUAAUAAUGAUUUGGAAUCUGAAUUCAAUUUUACGAAAUCUAAUAAAAAUUGUGAUAUCGAAAUGAUAAAGGAAAUUGAUAGUGUUAAGUUAGCUAAAAAAGAAGACAUUACACAAAGAGAUAUACUGUAUUUGGAGAAUACAGAUGAAAUGCCAAACACUCAAAUAAGAAAUAUAUCUGAUGUAGUGUUUGAACAAUCACACACUAUACGAUGUAAACUCAAAGACAUACAGUUAAAAACACCAAAACCAAAAAUAAAGCAAGUUGUGACUGACAAAGAAGAAUUAGGGCAAAAUAAUCGAAAGACUGUAAAUUUGAAAACAUCUUUAGAACAUGUGAAAGCUUUAGUGGAUAUUUAUAGUAAGAGAAGGAAUAAAUCACAACCAGAUAGGAUAAAGUUUAGGUCUGCAAUAAAUCCUGUAUUUAAUAAGAAAUGUGAGGAAGAAUUGAGCAGAGAAAUCCGUAAAGAUUCUUUUAAAAAGAUGACAGUUGUUGGUCAAUUUAAUUUAGGUUUUAUAAUUACGCGUUUAGACGAUGAUCUUUUUAUAAUCGAUCAACAUGCUACAGACGAAAUUUAUAACUUUGAAACUUUGCAAAAAACAACUGAAUUAACAAAUCAAAAACUUGUAAUUCCACAGCAACUAGAGCUUACAGGUGUCAAUGAGCAAAUAUUAAUGGAUAACCUUGAAAUUUUCAAAAAGAAUGGGUUCACUUUUAAAAUAGAUGAACACGCGCCACCCACUAAAAGAGUGAAACUUCUGACAAUACCUAUGUCUAAAAAUUGGAUGUUCGGAAAAGAAGACAUAGAAGAACUACUUUUUAUGUUAAGGGAAAAUCAGUCUGAGUACUGCAGGCCAAGCAGAGUGAGAGCAAUGUUUGCAUCAAGAGCAUGCAGGAAAUCUGUGAUGAUAGGAACAGCUCUCAGUAGGGCAGAUAUGCGGGUCCUGAUUGAUCAUAUGGCAGAAAUUGACAAACCAUGGAACUGCCCUCAUGGAAGACCUACAAUACGACAUCUUGUCAAUUUGGCCAUGGUUCAAACUAGUGAAUCUACCUAAUAAUGGAUCUUGAUUCUUGAAUCUUUUAAUUGUGUUGAAAAUAAUAUAAGAAAUCAUGUUGAGUUUACAAAACAGUUUUUACAGAAAUUAAAAUUUUGAAAUAUU